UCUUGCGCCGUUAGCCACCUUAUUUCUCCGCGAAGAAACAAAUUUCGACACCAAGAUCCUUAAUAACGACGGAUUCACAAAGCUUAAGACGGCAAUUAUACAUACGAGAAAAAACUAUACAAUAGCAGAGCCGAAGCAUACUGCACACAGAGAGAAUCCAUGAAAAGAUGUUUGCAGAAGCAACAACAACAAGAGCUAUAGCCAUUCUUCACCUCUUGUGCACGUUAGCCUUAGCCGCCAGUACUUUCGUUUGUCGAUCGCAAUGUCCAGAUUUUUGAUGUUUGGAAAUAUUAAGAGAAUCGCACGGUCAAUUAUUUUGAAUCAGGGAACUAGACAAUCAGAACUGAGGAAGCAUGGGACAGUAAUUACAUUUGGCUUAAGUUUACCCCAAUAUAGAUAUUAUGCACAUUAUAGGUUUUCAAGCGGAGGACAUUCUUCUCUUGGAUUCCCUGGUGUCAAGGGGCAUGUUUCCCAGGGUUAUUUUUCUAGGAAUUACUCUGUUGUCUCAGCAAGUAAUGCAGUGGCACAUCAUGCUCAACUUGCUUGGAAAAGGCUUUUCAGAAAGGGUUCUUCAAGUGACCGUUCUUUCCCCCACAUAAGCAGGAUUGCUCAAGCAGUCAGCUUGGCUCUAACACGAUCCCCCUUAGUGGUUCCUGGUGCUUUUGCACUCACAUGUGGACCGGCAGUAUGGGCACAGAGAACAUUGGCAGCAACAGACUACUACCAGUCACCAAAUUCUUUGUACAUGCAUGCCCAAGAUGGACGUGCUUUCGUGACCUCAUUAGUGCUGUCUGCUGUGGAAGGUCUUGUUUUGCUAGUGAGAGCUAUCUAUUUGGCCAUUUUGUUCUCACCCAGCUUAAUAAUGGCACCAUUUGCGGAUUGUUGUGGUCCACGAUUUAGGAAAAUGUGGCUUCAGGUUGUUCAUCGGACUCUGGAGAAAGCAGGUCCAGCAUUCAUAAAAUGGGGUCAGUGGGCAGCUACUCGGCCAGAUCUUUUUCCUAGAGAUUUAUGCACAAAGCUUUCAGAGCUACACACCAGAGCUCCUGAACAUAGCUUUGCCUACACUAGAAAAACUAUUGAAAGAGCAUUUGGUCGCAAGCUCUCAGAGAUUUUUGAGGGUUUUGAAGAGGUUCCUGUUGCAUCUGGAAGUAUUGCUCAAGUGCAUCGAGCGUCUUUGAGAUUUCGAUACCCUGGUCAAAAACAGGCGAAGCCUAUUGUAGUUGCUGUAAAAGUUAGGCAUCCUGGUGUUGGUGAAUCAAUUAGAAGAGAUUUUGAGAUUAUAAACUUCGUAGCUAAAGCAUCAAGGUUCAUUCCAACUUUGAAUUGGUUGAGGUUGGACGAGAGUGUGCAGCAGUUUGCAGUUUUCAUGAUGUCUCAAGUUGACCUGGCUAGGGAAGCUGCACAUUUGAGCCGCUUUAUUUAUAACUUCCGUAGAUGGAAGGAUGUAUCUUUUCCAAAGCCUGUAUACCCACUAGUGCACCCUGCUGUUUUAGUAGAAACUUAUGAGCAAGGGGAAUGUGUCUCACACUAUGUUGAUGACAUGGAAGGACAUGAUCGGAUUAAAACUAAACUUGCUCACAUUGGGACUCAUGCGCUUCUGAAAAUGCUUUUGGUGGACAACUUUAUUCAUGCAGACAUGCAUCCUGGGAACAUCCUUGUUAGGGUGUCUCAGAACAAGUCUUCUCGGAAAGGGCUCUUUAAAUCAAAGCCCCAUGUCAUUUUCCUUGACGUUGGUAUGACUGCUGAACUUUCCAAGAGUGAUCGAAUAAAUUUACUUGAAUUUUUUAAGGCUGUUGCCCGUCGAGAUGGUCGUACUGCAGCAGAAUGCACACUGAGAUUGUCAAAGCAACAAAAUUGCCCAAAUCCAAAAGCUUUUAUUGAGGAAGUAGAAGAGGCAUUCACUUUUUGGGGUACUCCUGAGGGUGAUUUAAUUCAUCCUGCCGAGUGCAUGCAAGAAUUACUUGAGAAAGUCAGGCGCCAUAAAGUCAAUGUUGAUGGAAAUGUUUGCACUGUAAUGGUCACAACUUUAGUUCUUGAGGGCUGGCAGCGGAAAUUGGAUCCUGGAUACAAUGUAAUGCACACACUACAAACGCUGCUUCUCCGAGCUGACUGGGCAAAGUCUCUUUCCUACACAAUUGAUGGGCUGAUGGCACCUUGAGAAGGUUAUGUUAUGGUGCUGUUCCUAAGAAAACAAUUUUGACAGUGCUAAGAUCAAAAAAUUAUACCAGUUCCAAGAAAUAACAAGAGUUUUGGUACCCCGAGAAAUUUGGACAUUUUUAUUUUCGCCUGCAAAAUUUUGUCCUGUAUUUAUUUAUUCUUGUUGAUUUUCCAUGUAGGAUUACUCACACAUCUUAGCAUGUCAAUUUGCAAGCAAAAAUGUGAUAAGGAAGAGGUUUAUCGUAACAUUCUCUGCCAUUUUUUUUCCUUUCUCCCCUUCAAUUGGUAUUACCACACAA